UACUCUCCCUAUGUAUACAGGUACUCUAUCGUCAAGAUCUUCUCAUCUCAAAGAAUCAAGAGACCUACGUUAUUUGAACGUUAUUUAGUUCUAAUCAAGCUAUGUCAAGCUCUACUUUGGCUUUUUUGUGUUCAAUUAUAUUGCAGUAACAUCGAGAUAUUUUGUUGUCCGUGGAAGAUAAUCAAGAAAUCCAAAUAAUCACACCCAAGUGAGAUCCACAUCUUUAAGUACCUAAUCAACAUGGCAUCUCUAGCUGGAUUUGUAAGGAGUUCAAGACCUCUUUUCUCUAAGCUCUCCCAGUGUAGAAGCAGGAGCUUGGCGAUUCCAAAAUUUGCACCAAUUCCGCCCAACAGAUUCAUUUCUAAGUCAACAAGCAAUAAAGAUGGAGAUGUGCCCGUACUUGAUGAGCCCAUUCUAGCACCACCAUCCCAUAUCUUGAAGCAACCUAUUACUCCUACAAAGGAUUGGGUUACACAUGGUUUUAGCGAUGAAGAUGAAAUUGAGGACCUCAACGAAUAUCAUCAUGCUAUGUUUUGUUCAUAUUCUGUAGUCCUCGUCGGAAUUAUUAUGUGUUGGGUUUACUAUCCGGAUUAUCAGGAGUUGGACUGGACACAACGAGAAGCUUACAUACAGAUCCGAGAAAGAGAAAAGGCAGGUCUACCCUAUGUUGAUCCAAACUACGUGGAUCCUGCCACAAUACCUUUACCAUCAGAUGAGGAGCUAGAAGGCGUUGAAAUAAUCAUCUAAGUUUAAUACUCUUAUCUUGUUCAGAAACUGGAAUAAUUCAUUUAAACUCUGGCAUCUACGAAACUGGUAUGAAGUUAAAAUAGUCCACUCAACCUGAAGGAAGCAUUCUUCUCGUUUUCUCCACUACUCUCUACAAUUGUACGAUGAGCUGAAUUGAUGUUUGCGCUUGAUGGAAUAGAUAUCAGAACCUUAGUGUAUUUUAAAUUUUGUUAUUUUUUCUUGUUAUUAAGUAGAAGGCUAAUAAAAAAUAGAAAACUUCUCAUUGUAAAAGAAGCAGUAAUUAAUUAAACAGGAGAGUUGGGAUGGUUGA